AUGACGACGUCAGCAAGGGCCAGCCCUAGCUGGAGCUCGGGCCAGCCUUGCCCUCCGGCCAGCCCGUUUUGCUGGGUCCCCCCAUCUUGCCCGGGCCUGACUCCACUGCUGGAAAUGGGUUUUUACCCCAAACCCCCCCAGCCCUCCCCCAAACCCCACUGCUGGAAAUGCUCUAAUAGAGGCGGUCUUUAG